CAAUGACGGUGGCUGGAAUUAUGCGCGGCGGCCUAGGAAGAUAUCAGCGGCAGUGGCUCUCACAAUCUGGGCGGCAGCAGCUACUUACGAUCCGAACGGCAGCAACUGCUCGCGGCUGAGCAGCUGCAGCGGCGCUCUCCUCGAACCAGCGGCGUCAACUGAGGAAGGCGGCGACUCCUCAACGCGGCGGCGGCGGCGGCAGAUCUCCUCUGCGCGCGGCUAGCGGCGGCUGGACGGACCAGAUCUGCAUCUCUCCGCACGGCUGACGGCGGUUCUGGGUUGCGCGACUGAUGGCGGCAGCGGCGAGUCUCCUACUGCCGCUGCUCCUGCCCGAUCUGAUCGUCGUCCCUCCAACAAACACUUAUCAACCUGGCGGCGGCGAUUCUGGGCUUGUGACUCACUCCCUGCUGCGGGCCUGCGGCUCUCCCGAUUCAAGCGCGGCAGGCGGCAGCACUCUGUGGAUCGACGGGGAUGGUAGUGCUCCGGCGGCAGCAGCCCAAUUACCGGCUCCUGUGCUACUGCACCCGGUUCUUAGGUGCAAUGUCUUCAUCUGUUCAUCAUCUCCCUUCAGAGGAAAGAAGAGAGCAGGUAAAGAACCCAUGGCUGCCAAACCAGUGAGACGGGCACCGGAUCUCCCAAUCCAUGCAAACGUGAAUUUCAAAUGGAGCAGAGACCUCUUCUUGAGUGUCAUAAGGAUGCAAGUCGCAGGUGGUAUCAUUUUGCACCAGAUCCACUUAACCCAGGGGGGAAUCUCCUUAUUACCCAGCGAUUUUUCCGAUCAGGAAGAGUGGACGGAGUUCCGACGCAUCCGCAAGCAGAUUAAGGAGAGCGAUAUUUGUCUUGAAGAAACCGUGAAAAAAAACAAUGAAGGGAGUUUGAAGUUUUUGAGCGAUUUUCUGGGCAAUCCAACGAUCGUUUGUCAGUUUCUGGAUGAUAAAUUGGCUGACCCAAAGAUUCUUAAGGCUAACAUUGGAAACUCGUCUCUGAUCUACUACAUCACAUUUGAAGCAACGAGUACAAAGUAUAAUGGGCAGCGGAGAAUCUACCAGGUAAAGUUGACGCGUGUACCCAACGACAAGACGGUGAUCUUUAUUCUUAGGGAAAAGCCUGGUCAAUCGUAGGGAAAAAAGCAAGAAUGUCCCGGCAUAACAGGUUUUAUCAUUCCUUCCUUACCAAGCCUUUUUAAAGCACUCACAUUGGACUUAGAAGGCCUCCUCUUGGCUGACUUCUCUUGCCCUUUCCCCAGAGAGGUUGAUCACAUGCCUACAAUAAGGCCAGAUAUGAUGGUGUUCAUUAUCCAGCUAUAAAUAGUGUUGUUAAUCCCCAUUUUGUAGGGAUCCGAAUUUCAUAUUCUGUAUAGUGUUAUAAGCUCUAAGUUUUAUUGUUCAUACUCCAAAUUAUUAAUAACAAUUGGACGGCAGG